UUGUACUCUGUGUGUAGGGAUGUGCGCAACACAAGCGUCGAGGUUUUGGUGUGGAAUUAAAUGUUGUGGAGCUGUUUCGGCGGACAGAGCAGAGCUGGAUAACUUCUGCUAAGCUAACCCGUUAGCAACCCGGCUAUUGCGCGAGCUCUGCUACACUAAGCUAAGCUAAGCUAACGUCACCAGGAUGCUGCGCUGGAUCCGACAACAGUUGGGUUUUGACCCGCCGCAUCAAAGUGACACCAGAACGGUUUACAUUGCAAAUCGCUUCCCUCAGCACGGCCACUACAUUCCACAGAGGUUCGCAGAUAACAGAAUCAUCUCCUCCAAGUAUACGAUAUGGAACUUCAUCCCUAAAAAUCUGUUUGAACAGUUCAGAAGAAUAGCAAAUUUUUACUUCCUUAUUAUUUUCCUGGUCCAGCUCAUGAUAGACACGCCGACUUCCCCUGUAACAAGUGGACUUCCUCUCUUCUUUGUCAUUACAGUAACUGCCAUUAAACAGGGCUAUGAGGACUGGCUGAGGCACAGAGCCGAUAACGAAGUGAACGGAGCUCCUGUGUUCGUGGUGCGCAGUGGCAGUUUAGUGCAGACUCGCUCCAAAAACAUCCGAGUGGGAGACAUAGUGAGAGUAGCGAAAGAUGAGACGUUUCCAGCAGAUCUGGUCCUCCUGUCCUCGGAUAGAGCGGAGGGGACGUGUCACAUCACCACUGCCAGUUUGGACGGAGAGACCAACCUCAAGACUCACAGUGCGGUACCGGAGACGGCCGUGUUACAAUCCGUGACCCGACUCGAGGGCCUGCAGGCCGUGGUGGAGUGCCAGCAACCAGAGCCUGAUUUAUACAGGUUUGUUGGGAGAAUUACAGUAACGCAGCACGGCGAGGAGAUCGUCAGACCUUUAGGACCAGAGAACCUUCUGCUCCGAGGGGCACGACUGAAAAAUACCAGAGAGAUUUUCGGUGUGGCCGUGUACACAGGAAUGGAGUCCAAGAUGGCCCUAAAUUACAAGUGCAAGUCCCAAAAGCGCUCGGCGGUGGAGAAGUCGAUGAACACGUUCCUCAUCAUCUAUCUGGGCAUCCUGCUGUUCGAGGCCGUUCUCAGCACCAUUCUGAAAUACGCCUGGCAGGCGGAGAAGAAAUGGGACGAGCCCUUCUACAACGAGAAGACCGCGCAGGAGCGCAACAGCAGCAAGAUUCUCAAGUUUAUUUCAGAUUUCUUGGCUUUUCUGGUUCUGUACAACUUCAUCAUCCCCAUUUCACUCUACGUCACGGUGGAGAUGCAGAAGUUCCUGGGCUCCUUCUUUAUCGGCUGGGAUCUCGACCUGUAUCAUGAGGAGAGCGACCAGAGAGCCCAGGUCAACACGUCCGAUCUGAAUGAAGAGCUCGGCCAGGUCGAGUACGUUUUUACUGACAAGACUGGAACUUUAACUGAAAACGAGAUGCAGUUCCGGGAAUGUUCCAUCAACGGCAUCAAAUACCAAGAGAUCAACGGCAAGCUCGUUCCUGAGGGCAUGAUGGAGGACGUGUCGGACGGCUCUCUUCCACGCCUGAGCAUGGAAGAGGAGCUGUUCCUGAAGGCCGUCUCCCUGUGCCACACGGUUCAGAUCAGCUACGAUCAGGCAGACGGUUUCGGCGAUCCUUUCUCACAUGCUAAUGGGUUCACGUCUCACAUGGAGUAUUACGCCUCGUCUCCAGAUGAGAAAGCCCUAGUGGAGGCCACCAAGAGGAUGGGUGUGACCUUCAUGGGGAGCAAAGGAGAAACCAUGGAGAUCAAAACACUUGGGAAAUCAGAAAAGUUUAAACUCCUGCAUGUGUUGGAGUUUGAUGCGAACCGAAGAAGAAUGAGCGUAAUAUUACAGACUCCAUCAGGGGAGAAGAUAUUGUUCACCAAAGGAGCAGAAUCGUCUAUACUUCCCUACACCAAGAGCGGGGAGAUCGAGAAGACCAGAGUGCACAUAGACGAAUUCGCUCUGAAGGGUCUGAGGACGCUGGCGGUGGCCUACAGGCUCUUCGGUGCGGAGGAGUAUAAGGAAGUAGAAAGGAAGCUCCAGGAGGCUCGUACGGCUCUUCAGCAGAGAGAAGAACGUCUCAGCGAGGCCUUCAGCUUCAUCGAGAGGGACCUGCAGCUACUGGGAGCCACUGGAGUGGAAGAUAAGCUCCAGGAGAAGGUCCAGGAGACGAUCGAGGCUCUGCGAUUAGCCGGGAUUAAGGUGUGGGUGUUAACAGGAGAUAAACACGAGACGGCGGUCAGCGUGAGUCUCUCCUGCGGCCACUUUCACCGCACCAUGAACAUCCUGGAACUGGUGCAACAGAAGUCAGAUCACGAGUGUGCGGAGCAGCUCCGACGACUCGCACGCAGGAUCAAAGAGGACCAUGUGAUCCAGCACGGGUUGGUGGUAGAUGGUGUGAGUCUCUCUCUGGCUCUGCGCGAACAUGAGAAGCUCUUUAUGGAGGUCUGUAAGAACUGCUCGGCCGUGCUCUGCUGCAGGAUGGCCCCCCUGCAGAAAGCCAAGAUAGUGCGCUUGCUGAAGACGUCUCCAGAGAAACCCAUCACGUUAGCCAUUGGAGACGGAGCCAACGAUGUCAGUAUGAUCCAGGAGGCUCAUGUAGGGAUAGGUAUCAUGGGAAAGGAAGGAAGACAAGCGGUGAGAAACAGCGACUAUGCAAUCGCGAGGUUCAAAUUCCUCGCCAAGUUACUGCUCGUCCACGGUCACUUCUACUACAUUCGAAUAGCCAACCUGGUGCAGUACUUUUUCUACAAGAAUGUGUGCUUUAUUACCCCCCAGUUUUUAUACCAGUUCUUCUGUCUGUUCUCACAACAAACCCUGUACGACAGUGUGUAUCUGACACUUUACAACAUCUGCUUCACCUCCCUUCCCAUCCUGGUCUACAGCCUGUUCGAACAGCUGGUUCAUCCACAUGUUCUCCAAAGCAAACCUGCACUUUACAGAGACAUCAGUAAGAACUCGCUGCUCUCCUUUAAAACCUUUUUGAAUUGGACAAUUUUGGGCUUCUGCCACGCCUUCGUCUUCUUCUUCGGCUGCUACAUCCUGAUGGGAGAGGACACCACUCUGAUGGGAAACGGACAGAUGUUUGGAAACUGGACUUUUGGUACAUUGGUCUUCACAGUGAUGGUGAUUACUGUAACCUUGAAGCUGGCGCUGGAGACACACUUCUGGACGUGGAUGAACCACUUUGUGACGUGGGGCUCCAUCGCCUUCUACUUCAUCUUCUCCUUGUUCUACGGCGGUAUUAUCUGGCCGUUCCUCCACACACAGGACAUGUACUUCGUCUUCGUCCAGCUCCUGUCGAGCGGCUCGGUCUGGUUUGCCAUCUUCAUCAUCGUGGUGACCUGCCUGUGUCCGGACGUCAUCAAGAAAGUCUUGUACAGACACGUACGACCCACCAGCACCCAGAAAUCUCAGGGUACCGAGGCGUACCAGGGCGUGGCCUGCAUGGACUCGAUGUGCUGUUUCUCAGGAGCCGGUGGGGUCUGUGGGAUUCUGGAGCGUCUGAAGCGAGCCAACAGAUCGUGGAGCGAAUCGGAUCCGUUCUACUCCAACGACCGCAGCGUUCUGACCCUCUCUCCUGUGGAAGCUUCUCACUGCUAGACUAACCGAGAGCAGGAACCUUCAGCUCCACGCGUCCAUCCUAACCAGGAUCUGAGGGACGUCCGUGCACGUGGAGCAGCUGGACCUUCAGGAUUCAGGGUUAUUGUUUGUUUGUUUGUUUGUCUGUUUGUUUGUGUGAAGCUGUUCUGAAUGGAUGCACGUUCAGCACCCGCUCGUUCUGGAGCACCUUUCUUAAUCGUGUAGGACUGCGAGGAAGAGGAACGUUUGUCUGUCGCGUCCUGAAGGAACCGGCGCGUCUUCAGCUUCAUCCAUCGCUCACCUGCAUCAUUUCGCUUCGUCUUCUAAUCAAUCGCGGCUGAACAAUCACGCGUUCGCUUUCCUCCAUGCGUGUUCACGUCCCGUCAGGCUGUUCGCUCUGUGUGUGUGUGUGUGUGUGUGUGUGUGUGUGUGGUACUGAGCUCGGCUGUGGCCUGCAGGUCCCGUUACAGCUCCGAUCAGAUCUUGGAGGCCUUUAGUUACAAAGAUAUUGACCAGUGAGAUCUGACAGCUGGUCAGGUCAAAAAAAUCAAAUAAUAAUAAUAAUAAUAAACUCAGAUUUAUGGAUCUGUAGGACGUGUUUGGUGUCGGCAAGGCUUAUGGAGCUUGGAGCGAAGGGAAACCUGACAAAAAGGACGUCGUUAUUCAUAUAGAACACACUGAUGCUCCUGAUUUAUUUAUUUAUUUUGUAGUUUUAUGUUCUAAUCACCAAACACGUCUCAGCUGAUUGAAGAUCGAAACAUUUCGGGUGAUUGGAACGUCACGUAAAUAUGUACACAUGUGCAGAGGCUCAGCAGUUAAGUUACUGGACUAGUAAUCAAAUGGUUGCAGGUUCAAGCCCCACUGCUGUUGCGUUGCCACUGUUGGGCCCCCGAGCAAGGCCCUUAACCCUCAGUUGCUUGAAUUGUAAGUCGCUUAGGAUAAAAGCGUCUGUUGAAUGCCAUAAAUGUAAAUUAAUAUAUAAAACUUUGAAUCAUUCAUCUUUAUUUAAAGCUUGUAGCAGAGUUUGUUUUUGCUUUGUUUUAAAUGAUGUCACUGGAGGGACUGUUAUAUUCACUAUAGGGCCAAAAGUAUUCGGACACCAGCCGCUCAGGUGACUCGGUUUCAAACUGGUUAAAGCCGGAUAGGGACUCUCUCAUAACCGAGAGAAUUACGACCCCUGCUGGCUGAUUGACGUCGUCUGCACAGACUAGAGGAAUAAUGCUGAUCAGGGUGUGGCUCUCCGUACACAAAGCUGAUCAGCAUAUGAACUCGCCUGGUGUAGUCGGCUACUGCACACGUGUCGGAGGGGGCGUGUGUCAGUCUUGCUCUCCUCAGUCGGGGCACGGGUCAGCACCAGUAAAGAGGAAGGGAAACGCAAUCGGGUGAAAAUUGGAUGCGCUAAAAAUUGGGAGAAAAUGCAUUCCAAAAAGUAUAUGGACACCUGACUGUGAGCUUGUCGGGCGUCCUGCUUAAAACAGAGCCCGUGUGUGUGACCUUUUGAGCUAGAACAGCCGCUCUCUUGAGUAGUGUGUCUGUGUGUGGGAAUUUAUGUCCAUUCACUCAAAGCUGAGCUCAGCCUUUCUUCAUGUCUCGUGCUGGAACAGAAAAGGACCUUCCCUAAACUGUUUCAGGGUCAUAGACAUAGAGUUCCCUUAAUAUCAUUGAUUUAUUUCACCUGUUAGUGAUUGUUGCGACUGAAACCCAUCAGUUCAUUAAUCAGAAGGGGCGUCCCAGUACUUUUGGCCAUAUAGUGUGUUUAUUUAUAUAUGUAUGUUUUAUUUUCUGUCUUUGUUUAUGUGUGUAAGAUCACUUUUCAUGUAAGGAAGAACCACAGAUCACUCAGGCCUAGUCCACGCUAGCAUAGACGAAUGGGCGUGGUGUCAAAUCCCAAAUGCUCCCCCCUCCCCCCUCCACUUCUGUGCAUUACAGAGGGAACAACAUACCGGCCUCUUCUACUUACUGUCUGGUUACUAUUAGAGCAGCGGUACCUUAGAAGUUAAGUUACAGCACUAGUGAUCAGAAGGUUGCAGGUUCCACCGCCGGGCCCCUGAUCAAGGCCCUUAACUAUUAAGUGCUCAUAUUGUAUCUAGUCACUAUAAAAGCGUCCGCAAAGUGCCGUAAAUGCAGCCAGAACGAGAGCAAGGUUUCUCUGAAUUCCUUGAAUUUUGGACGGUGGUGGCUCAGCGAUUAAGGUACUGGACUAGUAAUCAGAAGGUUGCUGGUUCAACCACCACCACCAGCUCAAAAUUGCACUUCUGGGCCCCUGAGCAAGGCCCUUAACCCUCAGUUGCUUUGGAAAAAAGCGUCUUCUAAGUGCUGUAAAUGUAGACAGAACGAGAACAAGGUUUCUCUGAAUUCCUUGAAUUUUGGACAGUGGUAGCUCAGCGAUUAAGGUACUAGACUAGUAAUCAGAAGGUUGCUGGUUCAACACCCACCACCAGCUCAAAAUUGCACUGGAAAAAAGUGUCUGCUGAGUGCUGUAAAUAAAAAUAAUAUAUAAAGGUAUUUCGGACCUCCUGACUCGCUCGUUCUAUCACAGUAUUUGUUACAAUUGGAUCGAAUGCAGCAUUUCAGUCUGAAUAAAAGAACCAAACAAUUCAAAUUAAUGCAUUAAAAAUGAUAAUAAUAAAUCCAUGUUCGUCUGGACUAGGCUGUUGUGUUGGGUUGCCAUGUUUCCCAUUUUCACCCGUCUAGCUGCUGAUAAUCAGGUCGUUGGGCGUGGACACACGUGGAUUUCUUUAUUUAUUAAGCUGAACUCAGACGUGCAGAGCUUCACGCCACAGGUCGAGCGCUGGACUGUGUAGCGCCGCGUAUCCGCCGUGUGGCUCCUCAGAGACGUUAAGUUAGCAAUAAGAACCUCACAGGACCGACCGGCGGAUUUUUCGCUCCUCGUGUAAAAUAAGUCGUUUGUAUCGUGGUGGGUUUGCAUCGUUUUUUUGUUUUCAUCAAACCGUCGCUGAAGUUACUGUGAUUCUGCUCCUGACAAAGUGUUGAAAUGCUGAUGUUUGUGGAAAUUUUAUUUACAGAAUAAAAAUUAAGAACGAAAA